ACAAUAUUCGAAAGAGAUUCAACGAAGGAGGAGGAAGAAGAAGAAAAAGUGUGGCCAAAUGAAACACCUCUCCUCCACCGCCAACGUCGUUGUGCACCGUUGCGCCAAAACGGUGGGGACUAAUGUGGAGAUAUUGGUGGCGGAAUUUGAAGCGGAAGCGUGGAAGGAAGAAACAGGGGAGUAUUCGAAGAAGUUGGUGGAAUUCUGCUGCUCAAAGGCAUUGCGCCAAGAUUGCCAAUACAUCGAGGAGAAGAUCGUCGAUGGAUCGUUCUCGCGCUUCACCUUCGACAUGAUGCUCGCAUGGGAGACUCCCACUUCCCAGCAGGAGCAAUCCAAUGAGGAGAAUGCGGGAAAGAGUUUGGAAGAUAGGAAGAAGAUACCCACUAAAGUUACUGGAGAGACGGAUGAAAUCCCACUUUUCUACAGUGACAUUAUGCCACUCCUUGUUGACGAUGAGCCGAGUGUGGGUGAAGACGCGGUUGUCUGGAUGGGAACAUUGGUGCCAUUGGUUGUGGAUUUUGUGAACGGGAGGUUUACAUUUGAGAGCCUCACGGCGGCCACUGCCCAUCGCCUUUUCUACCCUGCCUACGACAAGUUCUUGAAAGAAAUUGACCAAUCCAUAAAGAAUCUGCAGAAGCAAGUUAAGCCGAAAGGCGUGGAACUCGCUGAUGACGAGUUCAUAUUGCACGUAGAUGGCACCGCUAGUUCCCAGCGUGUGGUCCGACACAUUGGUGGCACAAGUUGGCCUGGUAGGCUCACACUCACCAACUACGCUCUCUACUUCGAGGCAUCUGGGGUGGUCACGUACGAGGAUGCCAUCAAAAUUGACCUCUCGAGCGAUGCCAAACACAGCAUCAAAGCCACCGCCACGGGCCCAUGGGGUGCUCCAGUUUUCGACAGGGCCAUCAUCUACGAGUCCCCUGAAUUAUCGGAAGGCAUUGUGCUGGAGUUCCCGGAGAUGACGAGCUCGACAAGGCGCGAUCACUGGCUGGCCCUAGUCAAGGAGAUCAUACUAAUGCACCAGUUCCUGUCGAGGUACAAUGUGAAGUGCGAGAUACAAGCGUGGGAAAUCCACUCAAGAACCGUUCUCGGGAUAGUGAGGCUGCACGCAGCUAGAGAGCUGCUCCGAAUCUCUCCGCCGGACCCAACAAAGUUCCUCAUCUUCGCACUGUAUGACGAACUACCAAAGGGCGACUACGUGCUGGACCAGCUGGCUGCAAGUAUAGAGACGGUCAACAGUGGACACCCCUGCAGCGCUAGCUCGAUUCUGAGGAACAUAAAUGUGUCUCAAUUGCUCGCGUCGAGUGGAGAGGUGAAGCUGGAGAAGAAGGAAAGCGGGCGUGUUGGUGGAGAAGAAGAUGAGAUAAUACGUUCAUCUCUGGAUAGCGCGGUCCAUCAGGUGAGGGAGGAAGCUAAGGCGGUUGAUAUCGCGAAGGCCACAACAGAAGGGUUGAAAGAAGAAGGGAUCGGUGAAAGCGCUCAAGUUCUCAUGGAGUUGACUAAGCCGGUGAGAGACCUUCUCCCAUGGUUUGUAGAGAUCGUUUCAUGGGAACGGCCAUCAACAACUCUAAUUGUAUUCAUCACAACUAUAGCUAUCAUCUACAAGGAGUGGGUCGGCAAAGCUGUGGCUGCUUUCUUGCUACGAAUCACAUGGAGGAUACUCCAGGCGAGACGAGGGAGAGCCGACAGCGAUGAUGAGAUAGUGGUCCACACUGGCGGGGAACAGAAGAGCACGACAGAGAGUAUCGUGGCAGCUCAGUUUGGGUUAAGAACUGUGCACGAGAUUAUGCAAGCAGCAAACAUAGCCAUACUGAAAAUCUGGUCCUUGAUGAGUGCGAAAGCCCCAAAGCAGCAUUCGGACAGGGCAAUGAUGGUGAUGGGUUCAUUGGCAUUGAUCCUGGCAGUGAUUCCGCUGAAGUACAUCCUGAUGGGUGGAGUUGUGUACUAUGGGAUCGUGACGUCGAAGCUAGGGAAGUACAUGGAGAAUGAUCAAGGGAACAGGAGGCUUAAAGAAUGGUGGGAUUCGAUCCCAGUCGUCGGUGUCCGUGUAGUCGACGAACCUCCGCCGGCUUCUCCACCCUCGGAGAAGAAGGAGAACUAGGCAGUUAUUGGUUUUUCGCUUUCGAUUACCGUAUGUAUUUACAAGCUGUCCAGGUGGUUUGUACUUUUGUUUGUUGAUGGACGAGUUUGAAAUGUGUAAAUUGUUAAAACACUCGUCCAUCAUUAAGAACUGGAAUACACGGAGAUCUUCUCUUCUUGCUGUACA